ACCAGACAAACUCGGGAUUCCUCUGAGAGGGAAGUACUAUUGGAUUGGGUUUUGUCCGGGAUUAUUAUCACUACUACUACCACCAGGCAUUCGGGAUUAUUCCUCACCACGACAAAGGGGGAUUCUUACACUAUGACAUUGGAGGAUAACGAUAUCUGUGACAACCACAACGACACGAUGCAUCCCGUGGCCACAGCUCUAGAGGAUGUCCUUGUUGCUGCCCACAGACGAAAUUCACUGACUAUUGGUGUCUAUGAAUCAGCAAAACAGAUGGACAGAGAUCCUGACAGCGUGGUACUAUGUCUCCUAGCAGCAGAUCCUGAACAUGAAGAUGAUGUUGCAUUAAGCAUACACUUUACACUGAUUCAAGCCUUUUGCUGUGACAAUGACAUCAAUAUUUUAAGAGUAUCUGGUCUCCCACGUCUGUCCGAAAUGAUUCACAGUCAAAUUGAACCAAGCUCCGAGCCCAUGGAUCUGCACUGCAUUCUAGUAUCGAAUCCCCACAACAAUCCAUGGAAGUGCUCCAGUCUGGACGAGGUCUUCAAUUAUUGUGCUGAAUGUAAAUCCAGGAACCAGUGGAUACCCUUUAUGUCACUGAUGGACAGGUGAUGCCACUGAUAUGCCAGCCAUUUUGGGAACUCUUAGCAGCGCAAACAGAACUGACAGUCUGUGUGGAGUAUUUACCUGUGCCAUUCUCAGUGUUAUGGAGUCUUGGAUAUUGGUAAAACACCUGACCAUAGCUGAAAAUAUUGUGCUCUGAACAAGUAACUUUUUUGUAUUGUGAUGCAUGCAGCUGGAUCUGCAAGGCAAUUUUGUAGACUCUCUGGACCAAGAAAGAUUACAUUUUUUUUAUAUUUUGGUUUUUAGCCUCCUGAACGGCUCGUGACUUUUGUUUGCCAGUAGUGGUGCCUUGAUCUUGGAAACAUUGCCCAGGAUCUCAUCAUGUUACCUUGGAAUGCUGUUCACCUUUUUGCUCAGGCCUUAUACCUGAGUGAAGAAAAACUUUUGGAAAAUUAUAUAUAUAUAUAU